AUGGCAGGAAGAUCGAACUCAUCAGGCAGCAGCAUUAACUCCCCACUGGGUCCCGCGACGUCGUGCGGCAUGGCGGCGAACCCGUACGCCGUGCCGGCGCUGUACGGCGGCGCGCCCGUGCAGGGUUACGGCUGCGCGCCCACGGACCUGCCGCACUACGGCGACAUGCGCGGGGCCUCGUGGUACCCUGCCUCCAACGACCCCAGGUUUGCCAUUUCCAGGCUGAUGACGUCAUCGUCGGGCGGCAUGGGGCACGUGAACAAUAUGGGCGGGCUGGCAGCCUGCGCGGGCGCAGAUAGCAAGCCUAUGCAGUUCCCGCUUGCGCAAAGACGGAAACGGAGAGUUCUAUUUACGCAGGCCCAGGUAAGCGAGAUAGUUUAUGUUAAAAUAUGGUUUCAAAAUCACCGUUAUAAAUGUAAGAGACAAGCGAAGGAAAAAGCAAUGGCUGAACAAAAUCAACACAAUCAGUCGUCAUCAUCACCUCGAAGAGUGGCAGUACCAGUGCUAGUCAAGGACGGCAAGCCGUGCGGCUCGGGAGAGUCGUCAUCGCCAGCGCACAGUCAUUGCGCGACACCCACCUCAGCGUACUCCGCGCCGCAGCCCGCACAAGCCGCUUGCAGCAACCCGCUCGUCUCCUCCUACCGCCAGCCCGCGUAUCAGCAGCAGUGCUCAGGGUACUUACCACUGCAGGGCCGCGCCUGGUAGAAAUUCCCACAGCUUUACCACGAGACAAUGUUCAAGGAGGAGAUGUAUUUUGACUAAUUCAUUUGAAGGACGUUAACACCCGUUUGAUAGAUGCGUUUCGUUAUUGAAUGGUCACUUCGUUAUGAUUUGCCGAGAUAUUUUAAAGUUGACUUCAAAAAACAAUGUUGCCACAUUGAUAAUUUUAUCCACUUUUUGAGGGAGCAUACUUGUGUAAUUCUUAAAAGUAAACUUAAGAUUUAAUUAAAAUUUAAAUUAAGUACAGUCCAACUUGUGUUGUGUGCAAUAAUUUAGGGACAUUGUUAAAUAUAAAGUUUGCUAAUUUGCUUAGAUUACAUUUGAACCAGUCAAUUAAGCAGUUUUUAUUAAUUGGCUCCUUCAAGAACAUUGUUUCUGGUAGGGCUGGGCCAUCAGAGACAUAGUGACAUUGGAAAAGUGGGCUAUGAGAUGGUGUGAUGCAGUGAAAGUGGACUAAAAAAGUGAAUAUUGUAGUUUUAUGAUGAGGGUAACGUGUAAAUAGGUAUUAUUGGUUAAGCACAAUUAAGGAUUUGAUCUUAAUUUCUCGUAAUUUCCUUUCUCUAUAUAUGUUUUUUUAGAAAAAUGUUGUGAUA